AAUAUUCAGUAUAAUAGAACCUAAAUUUUAAAUAUUCCUAAACCAGGGAGUUACGGCUUUCUCUUCCUCUGUUUAUUUAUCCUUCUCCUAAACUGAAACCAAGGGAGAGCUGAGAGAAGAGGUUCAGAGUUUAAUAAACAGUCUCUCUACUCAUCCGUCUCAGACCUACAACCAUCAAAUAUUACUUUAAUUAUUUUAAUUGAAUUUAAACUUUACAAGGCACGUUGAGUAAGACGGAGCAGACUAACAUGAGACUAGAUCAACCCACCAACAACUGCACUGUUGCGUUGUGCUUGACAUGUGAGGAUCUAGUUCGGUACAACCUGACUAAAGGAUUAGUGUAUGACAGGAGGGCUGUAGAAGGUGAUCCCCUCAUCUAUAUCCUAACCAUGCUUCUCUUCUUCUCCGCUGGUAUUGCCUCUCUAAUGAUUAUCUACAUGAAGAAGGAGCAGAGAGAUAUUGAGGAAGCAAACUUCUACAAGUUCUACGUAGAGGCUGCUAGGGACCGGUAUGCACAGUACAUGAACAGGGGAAGAUCUCUGAACAAGCUGGCCCUGCAGGCACUCAAUGCUGUUAACCUAAUCUCACAAUACCAGGAUGAUACUGGAAGUAAGGUUACUUUUGUAUAA